UUGUAUGGACAGAUGUCAGUUUCUAAAUCUAUUACUUUAGCGGUUGAAUUCUCAUGAUAGAUUUAGAUUCUCUGCUCCUAAAUAUCUAAAAAAAGAAAUCUCCAAGUUUUUAAGGCUACUUUAGUAAUAGAACAUGACUAAUAAUACCCCCAGUCUAUAAGUCUCCAAGUUAAAAAUAUAAUAUCAGUGUCUGUGUCUUUCCCUUUACUGUGUGCCCUUUGUGGGGUCUUAGAUGUUUAAAUAUCUUCUUCUUCCCAGUCUAUAAGUACCCCCUCUGAAUCUCUUCACCUUUCACAAUUCAAACCCAUCUCUUUCUCUCUUUUGUUCUAGAAAAGUUUCUUCUCCCUCCCUUUUAGCUCUUAAGUUCCAAUUGCUCACUAUAAACAUACACACUUCCUCAGCUUCAUAAUGGACUCACCCAGAAUGAAUUUUGAAACCUCUUAUGAGUCGUCAUCAUUUUCAGACCUGUAUUCAUCUUCAGACAUGGAUGAAAUUAUCCAGAUUCCGGUAUUUGAACAGCAAUUAGUGUCACACAAGAAAAAAGCAGGAAGAAAGAAGUUUAAUGAGACUAGACACCCAACUUACAGAGGAGUUAGAGGAAGGAAAAAUGAUAAAUGGGUUUGUGAAAUUAGAGAACCCAAUAGUAAAACAAGAAUUUGGCUAGGUACUCAUUCUACUCCUGAAAUGGCAGCUAGAGCUUAUGAUGUCGCUGCUUUAGCUCUUCGAGGAAAUUUGGCUCCAUUAAAUUUCGAAGAUUCUUUAUGGCUCGUGUCUCGUGCUAAAUCAUCAUCGGCGCCAGAUAUUCAAUCUGCUGCUGCUGAAGCCGCUCAGGCUUUCCCACUCUGCAGUUAUACAAAACCCAAAAAAUCACCUAAAUCUGUUACAUCCGGAUUAUCAAGAUUGGUUGAAAACGCCGAGAAAAUUUCCAAUAGUUCUUCGUCUCCGGCAAUGUUUUACGACGACGAAGCAUUGUAUUACAUGCCAUCCUUAAUUGCCAGCAUGGCAGAAGGUAUGUUACUUCAACCACCGCAGGAGAGUUACUAUUUCGGUGACGUGGAUUGCAACGUGAACAGUAGUUUGUGGAGUGACUUGAGUGAUUUGGAUUUUUAAUUUUUUUCUUAUUUCGUUGAAUAUCAUUUUUGGACCACCACUGUAUAGGAGAAAGCUAUUAUAAUCUCUAUAUAUGGUAUAGUUUUAGAUAUGUUUUUGUAGAUAUUAUCUCUCAAUCUCUCUUUUUAGUAUUUUUUGCCUUUAUUGGGGCAGUGCCUGUGCUGUCUCAAUUAUGAUUUUUGAUGAUAUAAAAGAAAUUGAGAGCAGACAAAAGAAAGGGAUCAUUUUAGUCCCCCCCUCCACUCCUCA